UCUUCCCUUAGCUUUCUCCUUCUUGGAAUUAGAACCUUCCCUGCUGUCAAGUCUCUAAGGACACAGAAGAAAUCUUCCAGAUAUUUUAGAAGGCCCAGACAGGCCCAGUUUUCCUAUCUUAGUACAUUCUGCUGCUAUAACAGAUGACCUGAGCCUGGGUACUUUACAAAGGAAAGAUGUAUGUUUGGCUCAAAGUUCUGGAGGCUGGAAGUCUAGGACCAUGGUGCCGGCGGGGGACCUUGUGCUGCUUCAAGUCAUGGCAGAGAGCAGAGGUGCAGGAGGGAUAGCCUUGCCUUAUGAUGCCCUGCUCUUGAUAGAUGGUACUGCUCCUGUGAGAAUGGCAUUCACCCUCUGAAUGACCACAUCAUUUCUUAAGAGUGCCCCUGGGGGCACCACCACAGUGACUGGUGACUUCCAGCAUAAGCUUCAGACCUUAGCACUUCAUCAGAAGCGCACUAAAAUUGUGCCAGCCAACAUACAGCCUUGACACAGAGGCCUAUAUAGCCCUGCCAGGGGCCUGGGUGAGGGGGCCAGGCCCCUGAUCUGGAGGGUGUGGCAUGAGGUCACUCUGCCUCUCACACAGGACCCCCACAAUCUCCACGGUGUGGGCACUGGGCUGUGUCACUUGCUGGGCCAGCUGAGAGGAGUGGAAGAGGAUGCCGCACCCAGGCAGAACAAUGACCCUCCCUGCAGGUCCAUGACGCUUAACUCUGUGUUCCUUCCCACAUAGGGAAUGAGGGGUGCCUGCCACCCUCUCUCCACAGACUCUGGAGGCAUUGGACCUUUGGUGGGAAGGGUAGGCAACAGAACCAAAGUGUUCUUUACUGGGAGGCAGACCUGGAUCUUCCAACAGGCCUCAGAACUAGUGAAGAUUGAGAAGGAGAAAUGCAGCACACUCUCCCCAAAGCUGGGGCAGAAACUCUUUGUGGGCAUGCCUCUCCACCCCACCCCCACUCCCACCCAGGAGGGGAGCACAGGCAGGCUGAACCUGCAGCCACUAGGCAUUGCGGGUGGUGGCGCCUCAAGGGCUGCUGGGACACCCCCACUGCCCUCUCCUCUCUGCCCUGCAGACCCCAGCUGCAUCUGCAUGGCUCACUCAGAAGUGAAGACAAGAGAGGAAGUGGAUGUGACACCUUCUAAGAUGCCCGUGAAUGUGAUACAGUUAGUCUCCUUGUCACGAGAAAGAACAAGUCCUGGAGGGGGUGGCUGCCCACAGAUGGUCAGCAGAACUGAGCGACAUUCUCCUCACCGGUGUCCACUUCCGAGGGUUCCUGACCCUGCCCCUGGACAACCACCCCUUCUCAGACUCCUCGGCCAGGAUUCUCCAAACCUGCUUCCACAAUGGGUAAUGAGGAGCUGUGGGUGCAGCCAGCCUUGGAGAUGCCGAAAAGACGGGACAUCCUUGCGAUCGUCCUCAUCGUGCUGCCCUGGACACUGCUCAUCACCGUGUGGCACCAGACCACCCUGGCGCCCCUGCUCGCCGUGCACAAAGAUGAGGGCGGUGACCCCAGGCGAGAGGCUCCAGACCCCAGGGAGUACUGCAUGUCCGACCGCGACAUCGUGGAGGUGGUGCGCACGGAGUAUGUUUACACGCGGCCGCCGCCCUGGUCCGACACGCUGCCUACCAUCCACGUGGUGACGCCCACGUACAGCCGCCCUGUGCAGAAGGCCGAGCUCACGCGCAUGGCCAACACCUUGCUGCAUGUGCCCAACCUGCACUGGCUAGUAGUGGAGGACGCGCCCCGCCGCACACUGCUGACCGCGCGCCUGCUUCGCGACACGGGCCUCAAUUACACCCACCUGCACGUGGAGACGCCCCGCAACUACAAGCUGCGUGGUGACGCCCGCGACCCCCGCAUCCCGCGGGGCACUAUGCAGCGCAACCUGGCCCUGCGCUGGCUGCGGGAGACCUUCCCGCGAAAUUCCACCCAGCCUGGCGUGGUGUACUUCGCCGAUGAUGACAACACCUACAGCCUAGAGCUCUUUGAGGAGAUGCGCAGCACCAGAAGGGUGUCCGUGUGGCCUGUUGCUUUUGUUGGUGGCCUUCGGUACGAGGCCCCACGGGUGAACGGGGCAGGAAAGGUGGUUGGCUGGAAGACAGUGUUUGACCCCCACCGACCGUUUGCAAUAGACAUGGCUGGAUUUGCCGUCAACCUGCGGCUCAUCCUGCAGCGGAGCCAGGCCUACUUCAAGCUUCGAGGCGUGAAGGGAGGCUACCAGGAAAGCAGCCUGCUCCGAGAGCUCGUCACCCUCAAUGACCUGGAGCCCAAGGCAGCCAACUGCACCAAGAUCCUGGUCUGGCACACACGCACAGAGAAGCCAGUGCUGGUGAAUGAGGGCAAGAAGGGCUUCACUGACCCCUCGGUGGAGAUCUGAGCCUCAGGAUGCAGGAGCCUGCUCCUCAAAAACUGUUCUCAGCCUCCAUCCUCUCCGCACAGCUGCUGGGCCUCCACAGCAGACUCCUGAAGAAGCAUCGUGACCUCCUUGCUAUUCUGGGGGCCUCUCUGGGAGCCCAGCUUGAUGCCAGGACAAAGGACAGAGAAUUUAAGCACAGAAAUGCCAGACCUGUUCUCUCCAUCCAACAUGACCCAGGGCCUGAGAGACUGAGGGCUGGGGGAUGCAGCUGCCAGGAGCACUGGCGCCCAGCACACUCUGGAUUAGCUCCCUGCACUGACAGGGCCUGGGCACCCACGCAGGGCUGGGAGGGAGGUGAGAAGAUUCACAGUCAAGGGGACACGGCCUGCGCUGGCUCCCUGCUUCUGCACAACCACACAGGCUGCCGGGGAGUACAGAAGACCAGAGAGAAGCCCGGGGGCAUCACACAUGCCCCAUGCCCCUCCCUGGCACCUGCUCUUCCUGAGUGCUGCUCCCAAAUCAGACAUACCUCUGGCUCUCCUCCAGUCCAUGUUUACAGAGCAUCAGGCUGUCUUUGAUCCCAACUGGCACCCAGCCCUGUGCAGGAGAGCCUGGGCCUGCUGGCACACCCUGUACCUCAGGCUGUGACGGGAGUCGAGUCCCUCCCUCUCGCCCACUUCCCUCGAGCCUUCUCCAGCGCUGGCAAGGAGGUGGGACCAGAGCCAGCACAGGUCACGGACUGACCUGCACCCAGAACAACACGACCCACUGUCCACACACUGCCUCCCACAGCCCUGGACUGCGAAGCUGCUUGCCUGGCCUGGACCCGGAAGGGGAGAGGCCCACUUCCUUGACACCCUCAGACCUCAGGGCUGGAGUGAGCAGUGGUGGGCAGGAAAGAGCUUCUCUGGCCAGAGAGAGAGCAAAGGAAGGCUAGGGCAACCCCGAAGUCCUCCUGCCCAGUCUCGGUGCGUGUGUGCGUGUGUGUGUGUGUGUGUGUGUGUGUGUGUGUGUGUGUAGGAGGGGACGGCAGAGGGAAAGGGAGCAGAUAUCUGCGCAACACUGAGAGGAGACCUGAGCACACACUACUUUGGAAAUCAUCCUAUGUUUUAAAAAAUAGGAAAGAAAAUCUCACUUCUCCCUAAGUUGGGAACGUGCAGAGCCAGCCCGCCUCAUGUCCUGCUGCCGUCUCCACCCCAGAGAGAACAGUGUACGGUGAGUGGCUGCCCUCCACUGGUGGGUGCUGGACAGGCCCCGACCUGCGACCCGGACAGGCCCUCUGGUGGUGAUCUAGCGCAUGCUCCUGCAGGUUGGAAGCACAAUUUUUCUCCCAAGAGGAAGAAAAGGAAAGGGCCCAAGCCUAAUGAAGAGGUGUUUAUUUUUUAACUGCUAACAGCCCCUUACUCCAUUAAAACUCACAGGACAGGUCUAUGGACCACUGAGAACCCAAUCCCAGGUGGGUAAGUGGGACUCAGUGCAGAGACCUAAUAUUCAGAGCAUAGAACUGGCUGCCUGUCUGGAAAUGGACUUCACAUCCCAUGGUGUUCAUAAGACCAUGCGAUGGGAUCAGAUCCAGAGCCACCUCACAGGAUGUCUUCCCAACCUCUACACUCGAAAACAGACCCCUGGCAGCAAGGUGGCACGGGAGAGGGAGGAGGUGGGCCCAGGACAUGCAUCAGUGAGUGAUCACAGUGGCACUCUACUGCCUCACUCAUGGAAACCAGUCCUUAAAUACCAAGGUCAGAUGGGCUGGUCCGAGGCCAUCUUCUUAGCCAAAACCCAGGGCUCAUUUUCAGGAAAUUGACAGUGAACAACGAAAUGGAAUUUUUUUGGCAGAUGCUAGUUCAGUUGUUUUUGCCUAAUAUCCUCCCUUAGCUGCAUGUAUAUUUAUUUAUAAUUAUAACCCUGGUGGACUUCAGCCUUCUCUUUGUUGGGAAUGAGUUUGUUGUCAGUCAGAACUGGUCCACGACAACAACCUGUUCUCCAAACCCAGGCUAUUCCCUGCUCCCGUUGCUGGCAAGCCGGCCCAAAGCAGUGAGGCCAGGGUUAGGCAUUCCCAGGGCAGAGGUUGGGGUGAGUGUGAGGCCCAGGCAGCUGCACCAUCUGCUCUGUUUUCAUUUAACUGUAAUUUGUUUUCAAAAUUAAAAGUCAAAUAUGGUUUUUAACAGUCAAAA